UUCGUCGUCUCUGGUCACACCGAGAGGAGUGUUACGCGAAACACAAAAAGUCAGGCGAGCUCGUCGUUUAAUUAAUAAAAAAUAACUUGUAAGAAUAAAAAAAACAUGAGUUUUUGAACGAUGCAACACGAAUGCAUUCGAUUGUGCGCAUAACACAUGUGACGCACAAACAAAUGUAGCUUAAAUUCAUAGUUUGAAAUCGUCACCAAAUUGGCGUCGCGAACAGCGUAUGUAUUUUUUGUUCACCGUUUUUAUCGAUUAAAUUGUAUGUGUACGAAGAGAUAGUUGCGACUAUUGCUGGCGCGCAAACACGCAUACUCAUACACGUACAGCAGCAACAGCAACAACAACAACAGCAACAGCAGCGAUUACAUUUGAUACAUUUAGAAGCGGAGCACCCUGAAAAGCUCGCAAACAAAGCCAAACGCGGAAACUGCGCUGCGUUAAUCCAAAUCGAGAAUUUGCCCGCAUCGCAAGAUGUCUUGCAAAACGGAGAACAGCGCUGCCAGCAGCAGCAGCACCAGCAGCAGCACUAGCAGCGGCUACGGCACCAGCAGCGUUCCACUUAUCAGCGAUAGCAGCCGCACCAGUGAAAUUGCUGAUAAGAUGCUAAACAUGCGUGCGCGGGGCUCCGCAAAUGGCAAGCAUAAACCACCGAAACAACUGCAAUCGCAGCAGCAGCCGCCGCAGCAGCAGCAGGAAGUACCACAGCUGGAAGAGCAGCAGCAACAACAAGCACAACUGCAGCAGCAGCCACAGCCACAGCCACCGCCAGUAACGCCACAAAAAGAGGCAAUGUCUGCGGACGAGCGAAAAGCCACCAAGAAAUCUCUAGUCAUUGUCGUUGCGAUAUUCGUUGCCAGUUUGAUGACCAUGUUCUAUGUCUAUGCAAUAUUUCCCGAAUUGAAUGCCUCUGAGAAGCAACAUUUGAAAAUACCACGUGAUAUACAAGAUGCUAAGAUGCUCGCAAAGGUCCUGGAUCGCUACAAGGACAUGUAUUAUUUUGAAGUGAUGUUCGGCGUUGUUGUCGCUUACGUAUUCCUACAAACAUUUGCCAUUCCUGGUUCGUUAUUCCUGUCGAUCUUGCUUGGAUUCUUAUACAAAUUCCCAAUUGCAUUGUUCCUAAUUUGCUUCUGCUCGGCGCUGGGCGCCACGCUAUGCUAUACGCUCUCCAAUUUGGUUGGACGCCGACUCAUUCGACACUUUUGGCCAAAGAAAACCAGCGAAUGGUCCAGACAUGUGGAGGAAUAUCGUGACAGUCUCUUCAACUAUAUGCUAUUCCUGCGCAUGACACCGAUCCUGCCCAAUUGGUUCAUCAAUUUGGCUUCGCCGGUAAUUGGUGUACCCCUGCACAUAUUUGCGCUGGGCACUUUUUGUGGAGUCGCACCGCCAUCGGUGAUUGCCAUACAGGCGGGUAAAACCCUCCAGAAGAUGAGCAGUUCAAGUGAAGCCUUCUCCUGGACCUCUAUGGGUGUGUUAACACUAUGCGCGUGCGCAUCGCUGCUACCUGGACUACUUAAAAAUAAAUUUAAGAAGAAGAAGAAGAAGGCGGCGUAAGAUUCUGGAAACUGGAGAACGGAUUCGAACCUUCUCGAGAGCUGAGAAUAGAAUUACAGUACCAAAAAAAAAAAAAAAAAAAAAAAA